AUGACAGAGGUUUAUCUCGACCCUGGCGAUGGAAACCUCCCCCUUAAUAUGACACUUCCGCAAGAACGCGCCUUGCCAGUGAUCCCAACCGAUGGUAUCCAGCGACGCUGGAUCAACAAAGGCGAGCCUAUCAUUGAAAAUUCAAAGGUCCCAAAGGGUUGGUACAGUGAGGAGCCAGAUCUGCAUGAGGAGUAUGUAUCAGAGUAA